GCAAAAAGAGCGCUCGAGUUACUAAAUUUACCGUCAAACACAUCUUGUUACUUGUUGGAUAUUGGCUGUGGAUCCGGUCUAAGCGAGGUUGCUCUUGAAAGAGAGGUUGAAGGAGAUUUAUUUUUGCAAGAUGUGGGUCAAGGCUUGGGUUUUCGACCAUGGAGCAAUAAGUACAGUAUAUCGGCGCUCCAAUGGCUCUGCAACGCGGACAAGCAAUCGCACAAUCCUCGAGCCCGCCUGCACCGAUUCUUUUUAACACUUUAUUCUUGUCUACGGAGAGGAGCGCGCGCGGUCUUUCAAUUUUACCCAGAAAAUGACGACAAGUGCGAAUUAAUCAUGAACAUUGCGAUGCGAUACGGUUUUGAUGGCGGUAUGGUGAUUGAUUUUCCAAAUAGCAAGAAGAAAGAGGACGGUUAUUAUUAUCCGUAUCAUAAAUGUCUGGUCCCUUUGCCGAAUUUCACUCGAUAUCGGGAGCCGCCGGAAUCCCUCUUCGGAUUUCUUAAUGUAUUUGAAAGGCUUAAAUACCUUUCUCCAUUUGCCAGUGCGGUUUUCCACGGUCCAUAUCAUAUGUUUGGCGAACCUGCCAUGGAAGCGAUUAUUAAUUUCAAAUGGAGGAAAUUUGCUAGGACAGUGGACCAGGGAAACAUGAUCAAACAUCUGGUCUUUGUGUUCUCGAUUAUGGUAUUGGCGCUCGGAUUCCUAUUUAUCGCAGUUGAGAUUAUGCAAAUGAUUGCAUAUUGUACUUCUUAUUUCAGCAUGUAUAAUAUCAUUGACCUGGGUAGUACUAUCUUGCCAAUGAUUUAUGCCGCCGGGGUAUUUUCUGGAAGCAGCUGGAGACGUGGAUGUGUUGGCACCUCCAUGUUAUUUGUCUAUGUUGAUUUUAUUCUGCGACUCCGAGUAUUCACCACAAAAUUUUCUUUCCCACAAAAAUUUGUGCCUCUGGUUACCAUCAAAGCACUUAACAGAAUUGCGGAAGUUACAGACUUGGUAGGUGACAGUCCGGUGACGAGCGACUUUUCGACUCAACAUGCGCUCGUUUCGGUCUUUUUCUUCGUGACGGGCAAUUUUGGCUCCCUCAGCGAUGCGUUUGGCAAUCCGACAGUUGCAUUUCUGGCGAUCGUAUUUUCGUUCAUAACUGCGGUUAUAUUAUUGAACAUCUUGAUUGCCUUAAUGAGUGAUGUUGUCGGUAAUGCCAAAAUUGUUGGUAAACAUGUUUGGCUUAAGCAGAAAGCAGAGUUCAUAUGUGAAUUGGAGAUGUGUAUGCUCACGCGAAAGCAAAGACAACGACGCGAUUUCUUUCCGUAUCUAAUAUACUACUAUGCGAAAGAUGAUUCCAUGCAAAAAUACAAGAAGGAAUGGCAGGGAAAUAAGAGAUAUUUUACUAGUAAAACAACUUAG